AUGGCGGAACUCACUCGCGACGAGGUCAUACGUCGCUGUCAGGACCUGCUGCACAAGGUCGCGUAUAGCUUCUACGACGGCGCGUAUCGUAUCCUCCUCCAAUUUCUCGUGGAGGAGAAUGUGAUCACAGAGAAGAGAUUGAGCGACGUCCUUAAUGUUGGUGUGAAUGAUGUGCGCAAGUACAUUGGUAUGCUGCAUACGCAUCGACUUGUCAAGCGAUACGUCAACAAAGAAAAAGCCCCCCUCAACUCAUUCCAACAACGCGCAAUCGCCAACGGCGGCUCGAUCGCCGGCGUGCCCCCCGGCGCCAUGGCUCGCACCCGCGACGUAAUCUACUGGUACCUCGACUAUCGCGAAUUCGCCGACGUCGUCAAGUACCGUAUUGCAAUGAUGCGCAAAUCCAUCGACGAGAAGAUGAAGAGCGAAGUCGGAAAGAGGGGCUACAUCUGUCCCCUUUGCCAUAAAGUUUACGACCCGUUGGACCUCGCGCACUUGUUUGACCGGUCUGCCGGCGCGUUCUUAUGUGAGGUGGACAGCACGGAAUUAAUCGAGGACGAUCCGGCAAUGCACGGCGACGACAGCAAGCAAGAUCGAAUGCAGCGGUUCAACGUUGCGACAGGGCCUAUUCGUGACGCCUUGAAAAGUAUCGAGGGGGCCCGACUGCCGACUGUUAAUAUCAUUGCUUGGAUUGCUCAAAAUGUUGCGACCGAGACUGCGCCAGCGGAAUCUGAAGGGGCGGCAGUACGGCGCCUCGAUGUGGUCUUUGGCGAAAAUGCGCCAAAGGAAGAGGAGGGGAAAAAACACGAGGCACUGCCGGUUUGGUAUACCCAGUCUACCAUUACUGGCGAGAUGACAGCCGAGGGGAACAAACAGGCCGCGGCGCACGCAAAGGCUUCGGCGGCUGCCAAGGCUGCUGCUGGACCGAGCGACGACGGGCCAAAGGCCGACGACCUCAGCGCGUACUAUGACCAAAUGGAGGAGGAGGAGGCGGCCCUCGAUGACACGAUCGACACAACCGAGAGCACGCCUGCGCCCGAUACGAGCGCCGUUGCCACGCCUGCUGGGGCUGACGUGGUUGUCAUGGUCGCCGGGAAGGCGAUGCGGAUUGUCGACGUCACCGAGGCCGACGAGGAGCUCAUGACUCCCGACGAGUACGAGGCGUACUUUGAGGCAACGUCGACGCAGGUGUGA